UCACUCACACUACCUUACUCACAGUGAGAGUGAGUGAGUGAGAGAGGUAGCAACACCAACACCGAAAGAAACGCUAUCAAAUCUCACAUCGCCCAAUAUUCAGCCCGUCGUUAACUUACGGUGCGGCCCUGACUCAAGCGACCCGAGUCGGACGAUAACUUUUCGUCGCUCCAUCAAUUUUUCCCGCCUUCUCCCUUCUUAACCUUUUUCCUUGCAAGCUUGCCGUCUAUCUCUUGCCAAUGGCUCUUUGCCUUGGUGCGCUUCCUUCUCACACAACAUUCCGGUCAUUCUUACUCGUUUUGGUCCUCUCGCAGUUCUAGUCCCCUAUGGCUUGGAGUCCGUCUCCUUCAGAAUCGCUUCAUCUUUGCUUUUUGCACAUCUCUCAUCUGCAUCGUCCCUGUUUCAGCGCCUCUUUUCCUCUCUCUCACCCACCACUAUUAUCCAUCAUAACAGUGAGAGAGAGCAGUAGGGAAAGAAGUUGAGACCAACUAGCCAUGCCGUACCAAGUGAAAAUGUGCAUGCAUACCUUACGUCAGGCAAAUCUUAUUCCACCUCACUGUGCGAGCUCCGUGUCAAGAUGGCAUGCGGACUUGACCGGGGUCCGCAGCGCCGGACUACUGGGUUUUUGCUUUUCUUGCCUUUCUCUUCUUCCUUCGCGUCCUGCGGCCUGCUCUUCAGGCCCUCGUCACUUUUCACAUUUUCUGCACUGUGUCUCAACUGCAUCAUACAUCCUCCGUCGUUGGCAGAAGAGAAAGAGAGAGAGGAUGAGAGCCGAUUAUUGCCCAAAGGCAGAAGAGCUUGCAUCAGGGGGGCAGAGGAGCGGCCUGUGCCUGGUGUCUCACACCACAGCUGGCCAAAUUCUCGGCCAGUGAGUGUCGUACGUAUCAAGUUAUCACUUCUUCCAUUCCUUGACAGGCGUGUCUCCAUUCCCCAAUGUUACACACAUUCAAACAUACAACCAGAUGUUGAGAGACAUACACGGCAGCCAACUACGUCUGGGCGUCCCCACUCUCACACACACUCUCUCUUGCGGCCUCCCGUCCAUCCCAGUCUUCCCUUCCCCUCCGCCCAAGGCUAUCUCACAGACAUACGCUUUCUCUGUCCUCUCUGGAACCCCACCACCACCACCACUACCACUGCAGCUGUCUGUCCCGCUCGCCAUGGGCUGUUUCUGGCCCGCAGUGUCAUGUACCUUUGAUAGCUAGCCAGCUAGUAGGAGAAAAACCGGAGACGCG